AUGAGGCACCGAUUCAUCGUGUGGAAGCAUGGAGUCUGGUAUUCAGCCCGGCACCCAAGGACAGGGGAAGAACCUAUGUUCCGACACAUCGGGCCAAGCACGUGGCACGGGCCAAUCGCAGGGCGCAACAACCGGGACCUUCAACCUUACUUUGCGGGCGGCGAACUCGCGGAAGGAAAUUUAGACUGUGUCCUAGUCGUGGUUUCAUCGCGUGCCAUCAUCGAUAUCGUACUGACUCUCUGCCUCUCGCCAAGGGCAAAACUCGUCGAUGAUCCUCAAAUUGCGCAUUCCUCGUUGCACAAUCCCCUCCCAGUUCAAGUCCACACCUACGUUUGGCCGUUCCUCAUCAUCUGGCCCGGAUUCUUCGCCUUCUAUCUCUCCCCCGAACGCUACGACCAAUACAUUCAGGGUCAAGAAUGGACUUUUGUGUGGGUUGCUUCGAUUAUUACGGCUCAGUCGCUCCUUUGGUUGAUGACCAAAUGGAACAUCAACAUUCAAACCCUGUUCACGGCGACGAAAGCCAAGUCGGUUGACUCUGCAAAGCUCAUCAAGGUCAUUCCCGGUGCCAACGCCGGGUCCGCGGAAAUCUGCCCCCUCGUCCAUGAUACCUUGGGUGGAAAAGAAAACAUUUCGUUCCUGUUCCAGAAGCGUCGUUUUCUUUACUCCCCCGAACGUCGAUGCUUCGGACCCUUGUCGUACGUCCUCGAUGCCGAGCCCAAGCCGGCAAUUAAGACCUUCCAGCAAAACCCAGGUCUGGCCACCAAGUCCGAGAUCGAGAGCAUCCAGUAUCAUUACGGCGAUAACACUUUCGAUAUCCCCGUGCCGGGCUUUGUUGAACUGUGGAAGGAACACGCCGUUGCGCCCUUCUUUGUUUUCCAAAUCUUCUGCGUCGGUCUGUGGAUGCUGGAUGAAUACUGGUAUUACUCGCUGUUCACGCUGUUCAUGCUUGUUGCUUUCGAGAGCACGGUCGUGUGGCAGCGCCAGCGAACUCUCAAUGAGUUCCGAGGAAUGAGCAUCAAGCCCUACGAUGUGUGGGUUUACCGCGAGAGCAAGUGGCAGGAAAUUACCAGUGACAAGCUCUUGCCCGGUGAUGUCAUGUCGGUCAACCGAACCAAGGAAGACGGCGGUGUCGCGUGCGAUAUCCUUUUGAUCGAAGGCAGUGCUAUCGUCAACGAGGCCAUGCUUUCCGGUGAAAGUACCCCACUUCUGAAGGAAUCGAUCCAGCUGCGACCGGGCGAUGAUCUGAUCGAGCCGGAUGGCCUGGACAAGAACGCGUUCGUGCACGGCGGAACCAAGGUCCUGCAGAUUACCCACCCCAACGCGAACGUUGAAGACUCCGAGAAUGCUCGCAAGAACGGCUCCAAGAUGACUGCUCCGCCUGACAAUGGUGCGAUCGGCGUUGUUGUGAAGACUGGCUUCGAAACCAGCCAAGGCAGUCUCGUCCGCACCAUGAUCUACUCCACCGAGCGUGUCUCUGCCAACAACGCCGAGGCACUGCUUUUCAUCCUGUUCCUGCUUAUCUUCGCCAUCGCCGCUUCGUGGUAUGUGUGGCAGGAGGGUGUCGCGCAGGACCGCAAGAGAUCGAAGUUGCUCCUGGACUGUGUCCUGAUCGUCACCAGCGUGGUUCCUCCUGAGCUUCCCAUGGAAUUGAGUCUUGCUGUCAACACCAGUCUGGCUGCCCUGAGCAAGUUCGCUAUCUUCUGUACCGAGCCCUUCCGUAUUCCUUUUGCUGGACGUGUUGAUGUCGCUUGCUUUGACAAGACUGGUACCUUGACCGGUGAAGAUCUGGUUGUUGAUGGUAUUGCCGGUCUCAGCCUGGGUCACAGUGGUGCAAAGGUCGAGAAGGAUGGCGCCCACACUGGUUUGGCCAAUGGCGGUAAUAUCGGGGUCAACACCGCGCUUGUUCUUGCUAGCGCUCACGCUUUAGUCAAAUUAGAUGAGGGCGAAGUGGUUGGCGACCCUAUGGAGAAAGCCACGCUUCAGUGGCUUGGCUGGACCUUGGGCGCGAACGACACUCUUACCUCCAAGAACAAGUCGACCCCUGCCUCUCGUGUGCUUGACUCGGUUCAAGUCAAGAGAAGAUUCCAGUUCUCUUCCGCAUUGAAGCGUCAGAGCACCAUCGCGACCGUUGUCGGCAAUGACCCCAAGACUUCGAAGAAGAUUAAGUCCACCUUCGUGGGUGUCAAGGGUGCCCCGGAGACUAUCAGAUCUAUGCUCACGCACACUCCGCCCAACUAUGAGGAAACCUUCAAGCACUUCACUCGUAACGGCGCACGUGUCCUCGCUCUUGCUUACAAGUUCCUCUCCCCCUCGACCGAGUUGUCUCAGGGACGCAUCAACAACUUCACCCGGGAGGAUGUCGAGUCCGACUUGAUCUUCGCUGGAUUCCUUGUGCUCCAAUGCCCCUUGAAGGAGGACGCUAUCAGGUCUGUCCGUAUGCUCAAUGAGAGCAGUCACCGUGUUGUCAUGAUUACCGGUGACAACCCAUUGACCGCGGUGCAUGUUGCACGACAGGUUGAGAUCGUCGACCGUGAGGUUUUGAUCUUGGAUGCUCCUGAGAACGAUAACUCAGGCACCCGAUUGGUCUGGCGUAGCAUCGAUGAUAAAUUUAACCGUGACGUGGACCCCACCAAGGAUUUGGACACUGAGAUUGUGAAAACCAAGGAUAUCUGCAUCACGGGUUAUGCCCUGGCCAAAUUCAAGGGCCGGAAGGCUUUCUCGGACCUCCUUCGCCACACCUGGGUCUACGCCCGUGUCUCGCCUAAGCAGAAAGAGGAUAUUCUCCUUGGUCUCAAGGAUGCCGGUUACACUACCCUGAUGUGCGGUGACGGAACCAACGAUGUUGGUGCUCUGAAGCAAGCUCAUGUUGGUGUCGCGCUGCUCAACGGCUCGCCUGACGAUCUCACCAAGAUUGCCGAGCACUACCGGACGACUAAGAUGAAGGAAAUCUAUGAGAAGCAGGUUGCUAUGAUGCAGAGAUUUAACCAGCCUUCCCCGCCUGUGCCUGUCCUUAUCGCGCACUUGUACCCCCCUGGCCCCUCCAACCCCCAUUACCAGAAGGCUAUGGAGCGCGAAGCGCUGAAGCGCGGCAUCAACCCGGCCAACGGUCAGGGUCAACAAGAGGCGAUCCCGACCAUCACUUCUCCCGGCGCCCAAGCCCUGCAGCAGUCCAACUCCAACUUGACUCCCCAGCAGCAGCGCCAGCAGCAGGCCUCCGCGGCCGCUGCCGGUUUCGCCGACAAGCUUACCAGCUCGAUGAUGGAACAAGAGCUUGAUGAAUCCGAGCCUCCUACGAUCAAACUGGGUGAUGCGUCGGUCGCUGCGCCUUUCACUAGCAAGCUGGCCAAUGUCAUUGCCAUCCCCAACAUUCUCCGUCAAGGUCGCUGCACUCUUGUUGCGACUAUCCAGAUGUACAAGAUUCUUGCUCUGAACUGCCUCAUUAGCGCCUACAGUCUGAGUGUUAUCUAUCUGGAUGGUAUCAAAUUUGGAGAUGGUCAGGUCACCAUCAGCGGUAUGCUGAUGAGUGUCUGUUUCCUUUCGAUCUCUCGUGCUAAGUCCGUGGAAGGUCUCUCCAAGGAACGACCCCAGCCGAACAUCUUCAAUGUGUACAUUAUCGGCUCGGUGCUUGGACAGUUUGCUAUCCAUAUCGUCACCCUGAUUUAUCUGUCCAACUAUGUCUACUCCAUUGAACCGAGACAAUCGGACAUUGACCUGGAGGGUGAAUUCGAGCCUUCUCUGCUGAACAGCGCUAUCUACCUUCUCCAGCUCAUUCAGCAAAUUUCGACUUUCUCCAUCAACUACCAGGGCCGUCCCUUCAGAGAGUCGAUUCGUGAGAACAAGGCUAUGUACUGGGGUCUGGUUGCCGCAUCUGGUGUUGCCUUCUCCUGUGCCACUGAGUUUGUUCCCGAGCUGAACGAGAAGCUGCGUCUUGUCCCCUUCAGCAACGAGUUCAAGCUCACCCUCACCGUUCUGAUGAUCUUCGACUACGCUGGCUGCUGGAUCAUCGAGAACGUCCUCAAGACCCUUUUCAGCGAUUUCCGCCCGAAGGAUAUCGCUGUGCGCCGUCAGGACCAGCUGCAGCGGGAGACCGCCCGCAAGGCGAGGGAGGAGUUGGAGAAGUUGGCUGAGAAAGAGCGCUUGAGGAAGGUGACGCUGGGUGGAGGUCGUGUCCUGGGCACCGCGAACACUCUCUCCCCAUCCACAUCUGUCCCGUCUCCGCAACCCAAACCAAGGGUCCUGUCGCCCUCCGCCAGCAGCCUCUCUCUUAGCUCCCAGGCCUCGGCCUCGCAGUUCUCAUCCGAAACACAAGAUCUCACCUCGCGGAUAUCCCUGGAGAAUGCCAGUUCUUCGAUCCCCGCGCCUCCGGCCGCUGCCGGUGCUCAGCUGGCCUGUCCGAUCUGCAGCGAGGAGAUGGUGACAUUACUACAGUUGAAUAGACACCUCGAUGACGUACAUCAGAACCUCGAAGAUGAUCGACAGGACGAAGUCAAGGACUGGUUCAAGACGCAGAUGGACAAGGCGAAACGAUUCCAGCCGCUGGCCGUCCUGAACCAGAAACUGAAGGGCCUCGACGUAUUCGAAUCGAACGAAAACCUACAGACUUUCGCGGGCGCAAGUCGGCCUCUCGCAACACCCUCACAUGCAUUUACCCCUGAACCGGCGGCGCGGCCCUUCGAAGCCGAUGAUAUAAUCGUCAAGGACCAUUGGCAGGGGCGUGGGUUAUACGAUACCUGUUUGGAGCCGUCGUGCGGGAAGCGACUGAAUGCGACGAACGGGUGCGUUAACUGUUUGGUACGAAACCGAACAGAUGAGUUUAAGGCUCUAAGGAAACAAACGGUGGAUAAGGAAUUCUUGGAGGCAUCUCGGCUCGAGAAACGGUUGACGCGCCUCACUCAGCUGCUUGCCAGCUUGCCACCUGAACAAAUUCAAUCGGGAGCGAGUAAACGCUGGCCGAUCCCAUGGCCGAAUGACCAAAGAAAGGCGCUCGAACAGACCAUUGUCAGCUGGCAGGAUGAUGCCAGCGUUACGAGGUGUCCUUUCUGCCAGCAGGAUUUCACCAGCUACACCUUUCGGAGACACCACUGCCGAACUUGCGGGCAAGUUGUUUGUGGCGAUCCGGCAACGGGAUGCUCGAGUGAUGUGCCUUUAAAUGUUUCACCACCAUCUACGACGUCCGAAGAGAAGUCGAGCAGCACGGAAGUGAUCAAGAUUGACAUCCGUCUUUGUAAAGGAUGUAAAGCGACUUUGUUUGACCGCCGAGAUUUCGAGGCCGACGUCAUGCGAAAGCCUCCCGACCUCCGAGCCUACGAGAAUCUCAUCCAGUUUGAACGAGGCAUCCGGCUGCUUCUACCUAAAUUCCAAAAGCUGUUGACAGCUCUACAGCGACCACCGUCAUCCGCCCAAAUCGCGGAAGCCUCGAAAGUCCGAAAGCGACUUACUGAUUCUUUUGCGAAAUACGACACUGCGGCCAGGCGCAUCCGCGAUUUGCCGACGGAGUCGAUCACCCAGAAAUUGCUCCAGAAGGCUGUAUAUCAGCAGGCCAGCAAUUUUCUGCACCUUCACAUGCUUCCUUUGAAAUCUCUGCCUAAAAUCCUCAAACACGCCUCCGCAACCGAACGUCUAGCGAGCUCCGUGGGCUCACCUAAUAGCCCCAGCCCGACUAAUGGCUCGAACCUUGGUCAUCGACGACAGGACUCUGCGUUGUCGUCCAUCCGAUAUGGCAGUGUGGCAGCGAGUGGCAGCAACAGUAGCCUAGCUAGCGACGCAAGCAGCGCCAUAUCCGCUUUAGAAGCGGAGGAGAAAUCCCUGCGCGAGCGGCUCAUCGUGUUAGAAGAACAGAAAUUCUUCGUUUCCGAGAUGAUUGCGGACGCGAACCGGCGUCGCAAGUUCGACGAAGUCAGCAGCCUGGCAAUGAACGUCGAGGACCUCACCCGGGAAAUCGACCGGGUGAAUGGAAUGCUGGAUGGACUGGACUUUGAAAGUGUCUACACCGGUACUCAACAGAGCUAA